UCCGACUGCUCCCCCAGCGCAGUGCGCGGAGCUGGGCCAGAAGCGGAGCGGCGUCGGCCGGGGGCAGCAGCGGCUCCGGCUUCCUCCCGUGGUCUCUGCGCCCCGGCGGGCGGGCUCGUGGCGGGGGGAGUCUCUCCGCGGGGGUUUUGGUCAGGGUGUUAUAUAAUGAGGCUUUUACAAUGGCUAAUGACCCCUUGGAAGGUUUCCAUGAAGUAAACCUAGCUUCCCCUACUUCACCAGAUCUUCUUAGUGUAUAUGAGCCAGCAGCUCAGGAGCAAGCUACCUCACCAAGUGUUAUCUACCGGCCAUAUCCUCUGUGUGCAACACCUGUUCAGCCUAACACAUUAGAUGUUUCUGACCUUCCUACACAACCUGUUUAUUCAUCUCCCAGACAUUUGAAUUGUGGAGAAAUAGCAGGUAUUAGCAUUCAUAUUGCAGAUUCAGUACCUUGUUCCACCUCUGGAGUCACAGCUGGUUUAACUAAACUGCAAUCCAGAAAGGAUAGCAACAGUGCUGAGAGAGAAUUUUUACAGGAUGCCACAAUAACAGAGAUUUCUGAUGGCAAUGAUGACUUUUUUGGAUUGAGUACUGACAGUCUGUCUCGUUUGCGGAGCCCAUCUGUUCUAGAAGUGAGGGAAAAGGGUUAUGAAAGAUUAAAAGAAGAACUUGCAAAAGCUCAGAGGGAACUGAAACUAAAAGAUGAAGAAUGUGAGAGACUUUCGAAAGUCCGAGAUCAGCUGGGACAAGAAUUAGAAGAACUCACAGCUAGUCUGUUUGAGGAAGCUCAUAAAAUGGUGAGAGAAGCUAAUAUCAAGCAGGCAACAGCUGAAAAACAAUUAAAAGAAGCACAGGGAAAGAUUGAUGUACUUCAAGCAGAAGUUGCUGCCUUAAAGACACUUGUGUUGUCCACUUCACCAACAUCACCAAUUCAAGAGCUUCCGCCAAGUGGAAAGGCUCCUUUCAAAAAGGGACAUGCGAGAAAUAAAAGCACAAGCAGUGCUAUGAGUAGCAGUCAUCAGGACCUCACUGUGAUGCAGCCUAUUGUAAAAGACUGCAAAGAGGCUGACUUAUCUCUGUAUAACGAGUUCAGAUCUUGGAAGGAUGACCCCACAAUGGACAGAACAUGCCCAUUCUUAGACAAAAUUUAUCAGGAAGAUAUAUUUCCGUGCUUAACCUUUUCCAAAAGUGAGUUGGCUUCAGCUGUUCUGGAGGCUGUGGAAAACAAUACGCUAAGCAUUGAACCAGUGGGACUGCAACCUAUUCGAUUUGUAAAAGCUUCUGCAGUUGAAUGUGGAGGACCAAAGAAAUGUGCUCUCAGUGGUCAGAGUAAGUCAUGCAAACACAGAAUUAAAUUAGGAGACUCAAGCAACUACUAUUACAUUUCUCCUUUUUGCAGAUACAGGAUCACAUCAGUGUGUAAUUUUUUUACAUACAUUCGCUAUAUCCAGCAAGGACUUGUGAAACAGCAGGAUGUUGAUCAGAUGUUUUGGGAAGUUAUGCAAUUGAGAAAAGAGAUGUCAUUGGCAAAACUGGGAUAUUUCAAGGAGGAACUUUAAUUCACCACACUGGAUAUGCAUGAACUUCACUGAAUAACUAAAAUGGCUGCAUUUUUUUAUGGUCUCUUGAUAUUUAUUUCCAAGGAGUUGGGUCCAAGAUCUUUUAUCCUGUUUUGCAAAACGCAUUAAGGAAUACUGUGAUUUGUUUCAAACUGACACAUACUGUGUACGCUUACGUAAAACUUUAAUUGAACAAACUAAGACAAAGACUUGCAGGUGUACUUGUGAUUGUAAUUUAUAGUUGCAAAAAAAAUCUAAUUAAAUAAAUGUUAGAUUGAAGA